CCCCAGUUCACUUCCCUCUUGCAAAUCGCAUACAACCACAACCACAACCACCACCACCACCACCACCACUACAGCUACGACUUCGCGACUUCUAGCUUCAGGCACCCAUGCCAGCUCGCUGCUAACCAACGCUUGUUUUGCACCGGGAACUCUCCCGUCCAUCAAUCGCGGCUUCACUGCUAACCAGGAAAACCGCCAAUCGUAAACAAUCCAGCUCCACCCGCUAUCGUCGCGCCUGGGCCCGAAAUCUACCUGGCGCUGCCAGGACGCCCAGGACGCGUCUUCCCUCCGCCAUUACCGCGUCUAGCUCGGCCACAGCUGCCGGCUUCUCGCCAGAUCCCCUCGACAUCGUCUCUACGCUUGUCUACCUGCGUUGAGCCGGCCGUAGACGCGCUGGUCCUCAUCGCUAUCCCUACUCCCGUCUUGGCAUAUACCUUUUCGCCUCCAUCCCGGUCGCGUUCUCGACGCGUGGCAGCCCCCCAUGGAGUCGAAAACGAAUAGAUAUCAAUCCCGCAUCCUUAGGGAGAUGCAUCAGAAUAAGGAGAAUCCUUUCAACUCACCCCCGUCGUCCACUGGCUCCCACGGCACCAUCACUCUCACAUCUAACUUCACCGAGGAGCCCCUGGCCGAAUCGACGCGACGAGUCGACGAUGGAGACGAAUCCAUCCGCUUGCCUAGCCACGCCACCGCCGCGCGAGCAGGCAAAUCGUCGUCAUACCAGCCGUUGCCGCUCUCCUUUCAAGUCAACACCUCCGCGUUGGGCCGGACCUUUCCCGAAUGGAGUCGCUGGGACCCGAAUGGCGUCGUGGCCGACAAGGAUCCGUGGGAGACUGGUAGCGACAGCGCCCCGGUCCCGGACGGAAAGGAGAACAUCACCCCUCGCAGAAGUCCCAACAACUCCCCCGUAGCGGCUACUCCCAGAGCGGACGAGUCCGACAAGGACAAGGCUGAAUCUGCGAAGGAGUCGCAUGCUUCUGAUGACCGAGGCUCAAAAGCGAGCCGAGGUUCUGUUCGCACCCGCGCGCAAAUGCAACCACGCGUCCAGACCGAGUCUGAAUGCUCUGUAGAACUACCCGAGCCGCUGGCUAACCCUCUGCAAAGUCGGGGAAGCCGGGACGGCCGAGAUGAACAGGCGCCCUCAGCGCGCCCUCGUUCGUCGACACCUACUUCUUCGAAGGGCUCCAAGCCUCGACGUGGAAACGUCACCACUCUCCUCAAGACUCUCAAGACCGCCCAGAUCAAGCAGGCGGAAUCCAAGGAGUCGCCUGCCAGCCAAGUGUCUCCGAGGUCGCAUUCGCCGGUGCAAUCACACAUCGCUUCUAGGGUGCAUCCGGAACGACAGUCGGGCCUAGGUAAUAUGGCGAAUUCUAUGAUACACAACCUGACUGCCCGUUCUUUCUUCUUACCGAACCUCUCCCACAUGAAUGACUUCCUGUCGGGUGCCCUCAAGUUGUCGUCUUUCAGGAAUGGAGUCCCCGUCUUCGUGAAGCACGGCAAGGUCCACGACCGCGACUCUACUCUUUCCCCAGAUCACCAUGCUGAUGUCGAGGCAAUCUCCAUACCCGAGGACGAGGAGAAGAUUUUUGUGUCUCUAGAUAAGAUCAAGGAUGAAAUCCAAGCUCUCAAAGAGCAUGAUGAGCUCGUCUCCAAGCAGGCGGACCAGCUUGAGGAAGAGGUCGAAGAACUUCACGUUCAAAUUGCCCAGUACAAGUCCCGGAAGGAUAGUGCCAUGGGAUCCGACUCUGAGGGUUCAAUGAUCGAUCACCUCAACGCCCAGAAAAUGCAGUUGGAGGAUCAAAUUGCUUCCCUCCAGGCCCGUCUUGACAAGGCCAAUCGACAGAUUAGCCUCAACGACAUCCAUACCGAGUCUUACGUUGCCGAACGCGACGAAGCUCUCAAGAGCGCAUCGCAACAUCUAGAGAAGAUGCAGCAAUUGCAGUCCGAACGCGAUCUAGCGUACGCAGAGCUUGAAAAGCUGCGCAACGGCAAUUCUCAGGACGGCGGUGCGCUUGAGUCGGAGAAUAGGUCUCUGCGCAAGGAUAACAACACGAUCCGCCAACAGUGGAAGUCCCUGCUCGACGAGAACCAGUCUCUUCGCUCGCACAAUAGCGCCGUGGGGCAACAGAAUGCGGAUCUGGAGCAUGAUCUCAAGGCAGCCAGGUCGCAGCUCGACUCCAACAAGACGGAAUUUGAGUCCCUCAACCAUGAAUAUGAGCUAGCAUUAUCGGAGCAGGCUCUGCUCAAGCAGGAAAAUCUUAGCCUAGGACAGCACAACGAUAAGAUACUUAACGAGAAGAAAGCACUACAGAAACAGAACUCACUGCUCGAGCGUCGGGCCCACGCUCUUGAGAGCGAUAUCGCGCGACUGCAGAAAUUGCUCGAUGUUGCCGAUGCCGAGCCUGGGACCACGUCUGCCGACAUCAAGGAUAUAAAGUAUCGACUUGAGGUCCAGAAUAGCCGCCUCGCCAAAGAGAACGCAGAACUACAACAGCGUAUCAUCGAUUUAGAGUCCGAGUUCUCUGCGCAACGGAUGAAUCUCGAACGCGAGAAACGACAUCUUGCAACGGCAAACGAACGGCUCAAGGACCAAAUCGAAGACAUUAGUAAGCUAUUCGAACAGGUCAUCAAAGAGAGCAAAGCAGAGGCGAUUAGAAGUGAGGAGCAGCACGCAACCUUAACGCAACAGCUCGAGCUAGUUACCGGAAAGGAGUCGGCGCUAUCGGAGAAGCUGAAGAAGAGCGCUAGCCUCGAGGCCGCACUGCAGUCCAAGCUGAAUCGAAAGGCAGACGCCGUGAACGAGGCACGUCAACUCACCCAGGAAAUUAAGAACUUCAUGAGUGUUAUAAAUAAGAAGCAUAUCGGAAAGACGACGCGCGUCGCGGAGCCCAAGGGCAAGUCUGCCGCCAACGAGACGACAGCUAGGAGCACGACGUCUCAGAUAGAUCUGGCCGCCCAGGACGACUACACGCAACAAAUCGACCUCACCCAGGGGUCGGAUUUCGCAAGCAUCUUCACGCAGGAUGAAAUACCUCGAUUGCGAGAGGCGCUCCGACAAAUUCGUGGCGAGACGCACCAACGAGACCUGACCACUGGCUCGUCUGAUUUCGACGGCGAGGACGAAGACGACGGAAUGAGUGACCAGGCUAGUCAGAGCCUUCCUACAUUCCCACUCCAGGGCCGACCCCGAACCGCUGGCUCUCAACGCCCAGCACCCGAGACGUUGAAGGGACGGACUGACCCGAUCAAGACUCAGCCGAUCGGAAUUCUCAAGGAUACGCAGCCUUCUCGGCUUACUGUACAGAAGCAGAAGACGAGCCGCACAGGCGUCGACACGGGUUUUGACGAGGCGCGUGAGCUCGACAAGACUGGCGACUCUGUUACCGGUGGGCGGAAGUCCAAGUCAAACAAUAUCUCGCCUCGUAAGGUCUCCUUCAGCCAGAACGGCCGGACGCAGCGCUCCGUAAGUGAUUCUCGGCCGGUGUCCGAACCUGACUUGAGCGGACGUUUCAACAUCAAGUCUGGGCAUAGCGAGACGUCCCGGACAGGCGGACACGUCCGUCGCAACUCGGACAGCGUCCAAUUCGACAUGGACGCCAACCACGAGGACAAUAUGACCUCGGCCCUAUUCAUGGAUGAUAUCACGCUAGAGCAACAAAAGACGGCCGCAAAGCAGAAGACGAACAAGUCGAACCCCGAACUCUCAAAGGAUGCUAAGCGUGUCCUGGAUAAUCUCUGCCACGACCAUGACUGCCGUAAUUGCAUGGUCUGUGCCCGAAUUAACUCGCACAAGCGCGACGAGGGCAACGCGCAUGGCGACUCCAAGAAGAAGACGGUCCAGGUCGAGAGGCCAAUCCCCGUCUCAGAGCGGCCCCGAGACCAGCCGGAGUACGAAGACCAGUCCACCCUGCGGCCGUCGCAGGACCCGGCGAUAGCACUAGCCAAAGUCAUUAAGGGCCUACAGGACGAGGAACGACAUAUCCAAAAGGCGCUGGCGAAGAAGACAGCCGUGUAUAACGAGUGUGACCCAGCCAUCCACCGGCGGAUGUGGAAGCAGAUGGCUGCGGAGAUUGAGAAGUUGAGAAAGGCGCAGGAUCUCAAGAGAGACCAGAUCUACUACCUGCACGACGUGCUUGAGGGUCUGAAGGCGAACGGGCUAGAGAUGACGAGCUCAUUCGUGGAGGAGACCAUCAUGACGGUUCUUAGCAAGGACCCGACUUGGAACGGAAUUCCCGGUUACUGAAAUGGUGACGAGGAGGUGGAGACGGUGGAGAGUGCGCAAUUCUACGGAAUUUGGAAUGGGCUCGGCGAGCAGAACCGGCCCACGGAUGGCAGUAGCUAAAUGACAGCAUUUGUUUAGGGGCAGGGUGACGGGCAAAGUCCCCGCUAGGCGUCUAUAGGUUUUAUUGCUACUGUCUAGGUCAGGAAGACUCUCGUGCAUGGGUGAGGGUGUUUGGCGUCUAAAGGGGGGAAACUCGGCAGGCGGGAUGCAUGGAUUGUAUAAAUACGUGAGCUGCUGGCUCGGAUGGGGCUACGCGACGGCACACGCGCCGGUCCACGUUGUAUAGUAAAGAUGCGCUCUUAAUAUAUUCAGUGGAACGAG